AGUCGAUGGAUGAAUUCUGUUUCUCUUUCUCUCUCGAAAAAGCCAAAUAAAUGGCGGCUUAAGUUUCCCUCCCAUUUCAAAAUUUCCUCUUUAUACAAAAAAAAAACCCAUCUUUUCAAUUUCCCCGCUCUGAAUUCUCUCUUUGAUUUAUAUAUUUUUUGAAACGAUAUUUUUUUAUUUAAUCCAACGAGAUAGAGGAUUCCAAAAUAACUUCGUUUUGGAGAUUUAUUAUAAAUCUCAAUCUCCUCAAAGCUUUUCUUUUUCUUCUCUCAAAACUCAAGGCAAAUUUUUGCUACUAUCUUUCAAUGGAAACCGAAACGUGUUUGUCUAAAGUAACUAAAGAUGAUACAUCUCCUUCGGAUUCUUUGCUUUCUCAAGGGAAUCUUGAUGGGUUCCCUCAAGUUUCGCCUUUAACGGCCGAUUCUUUUAUUGGGUCUUCGUUAGUUUCCCCAAUGACCGUUGAUUCUCUUGAUCUUGAAACCAUUAUGGAAGAUGUCCUCGAAGAAGAAACCGUAGCCAAUCCUCGUUUGCCCGAGGCAGUACCAUCUCCUACUGAAUCUGAGCCGUCUCAGCAUCUAGCUUUGGUUCCUUACCUUUCUAAGAAACCCGAAAACAGUCAAGAAGAGGAAGCGGAAUAUCAUUACAGAUGGCCUUAUAGUAAUUAUAAUUCUCUUUGUAGCGGGCGACAUUUGGCGUGUGAUCAGUUCUGUAGUCGCAGAGAGAACGAAUUCAAAGCCCCUGGAUCUGGGUAUUCGACAUGUGCCCCAUGGUGCUCAACGCCACUGUCUCCUAAAGAAGCUUCUAGAACUGAAACUGAACCAACCGGAGUGGGUGCGGGGCUGGAAAAUUUGGGUAACACAUGUUUUAUCAAUGCUGUGUUGCAAUGCUUUACUCAUACGGUUCCAUUUGUUUUGGGUCUUCGCUCUUUGAAUCAUCAUGAGAAGUCUUGUGAUCCCAAUAUUAAUAGUUUUUGUUUACUUUGUGCUCUUCACGAUCACAUUGAGCUUUCGUUGAAAUCGUCAGGGGGAGUUGUGUCGCCUUCCACAAUUUUUGACAAUUUGAACUAUAUCUCAUCUUGUUUCCAGAGAUACCAACAGGAAGAUGCUCAUGAGUUCCUGCAGUGCUUGUUAAAUAAGCUUGAAAGCUGUUUCUCAGACUCAAAGCCUAAGGAUGAUUGUUUGUCCUCUUCAGAUGAUUGCCUAGUUAAGAAGGUUUUUGGUGGCCGUCUUGUUAGCAGGCUAUGUUGUUGCAAUUGUGGCCACAUUUCAUACAGUUAUGAGCCUUUGAAUGACCUGAGUUUGGAGAUUGAAGAUGUGGACACCCUUCCAUGUGCCUUAGAGUCUUUCACCAAGGUGGAAAAGAUAGAUGAUCUGGAGGCAAAGUUUAGGUGUGAGAAUUGUAAGGAAGAGGUGUCAGUAGAAAAACAGUUUAUGCUGGACCAGGCUCCUUCAGUUGCAACAUUCCACUUGAAGAGAUUUAAGACUGAAGGAACUUUUGUUGAGAAGAUUGACAAGCAUGUGGUCUUUCCACUAGAGUUGGAUUUGCAGCCUUACACUAUUGUCAAUCAGACAAGUAAAGAGGAACUGAAGUAUCAACUAUAUGCAGUUGUGAAGCAUUCUGGAUUCAGACCUACUUCUGGACAUUAUGUUUGCUACAUUCGGUCUUCUCCAGAUAUGUGGCAUAAGUUGAAUGAUUCUAGGGUUACUGGUGUUGACGAAGAAGCUGUGCUUUCUCAGGAAGCCUACAUUUUAUUCUAUGCUCGGCAGGGUAUACCUUGGUUUUCAAGUGCAAUAGAAGUACAAAAGCCUUGUGCAGACCCUGGUAUAGCUGAUUCUUCACCAAUUUCUGUUCUAGAUAACAUAGAAUGUGCUUCCAUUCCCCGGGGAGAAAAUAGUGCUGAUUGCAGUGUCAAUGAAUCUAAAGAUGGUACUGAUAAAACUUCAACUCGGUCCUCUUGUGAAACACAAUUUGAACUUGAGAUUGAUGAACCGUGUCUUGCUGCUGAGAGGAUUUCUGGACUGCCUGUUAAUGAAUCAGAAUUUCAUGUAUUGAAGUCCAUUGACACCAGAGAUGAUAAUCCAAUGAAUGGUGCUUUUAUACCACCAGAGUCAAUUAAUUGUUCUGAUGAAUUUGAAAAAAAUAUAUUUACUCUGUCUCAUCAUGAGGAAAAGAACAGCAAUCAGGGUGUUGAUGAAGCUACAAAUGAUAGUAGUUUCCCUUCAAUGCCAUCGAGAUCUCAAUGUUCAGAUAAGUCAUGUCAGAGAGACCCUUCAGGAUGUGGCCCUUGUGCUCAUUUGAAAGAAGAGAAGCGAGGCAUUCAUCAAAGAGCAGUCAACAGGCCUGCGAUGGAUCAAGGAAGAAUUGAAGCAAUGAGAUAUGCCAAAAGGAUGCCUACUGGACGAGGUGCUAAAUUUAUGGCUCUGCUGGCUUCACAAACUACAGGUAAAAUGAAGAAAAUAACAGGAUCAUCUCCUUGCAAAAGGGUCUGCCCUCGCCGCAGACACAACCAAAAUCUUAUGCGCCCAGUUCCUGUCUCACGCUGAACAGUUUGUCACACUUUUUGCUUAAUCCAAUUGGUCGGUUUUCGAACAUCACAGAGCUAAAGCAUGGCGUAUGUGAAGUUUCAUCGUAUCUUUUAUGCGCUGUAUUUUGUAUAAUGGCGAAAAGGGUUGCUCUUGCACUGGUUUAUUUUUACUUCUCAGGGAAAAUGUGAAGCUCAGGAUUUUCAAUUUUGUUUGGUAAGUAAAUAUUAUGGGUUUUUAUAUGGUAUAUUUUUUUAGUAAGAA